UUUCGCACAAAGGAGCUUCGCGCUGUCCCUAAUGAUGUCACUGUGUUCCCGAGCCUAUUUGUAUUCCUCUGUUUUAUCUUGAAAGAGGCAGGCGUUCGGUAAUGGGGGGACAUAACAGAUGUAAACGAAAACUGUUUGUUUAAAAAGCCUACGAGACUGUCGCUUUGACACGGGUUUUCUUUUUCGUUAAAACCUGCGCACGAGUAGAUAAAAGGAAGAUCGACUACUGUAUAUGAUGUACCAGUUAAAUGUGACGAGUAUGAGUUAGUAGUCACGACUUCGUAUCCGAUGACUCACGAGAGAAGUUGUCUUCAGACGUUCAAGUGGAACCGAAUUAUAAUAUUUUAUGCUGGUUUAACCCCCUCUUUUUCAUCACAUCAUUGUUAAUUCCUUUGGCAAUUUCACGGUGGAUUGGAGCAAAUGCCCUAUAAAAUUAAAAUCAUCCAUCUCUAUGUGCAGAGUAAACCAUGCGCUCCGCACAAAAAGGACACCUCUUUUUAGAAUUCGAAUUUUCGUAAAAAGCAACAGCGGAUUUAUCUUCUGUUAUAUUUGGACAAGCCCUUCCACUUUUAAUUUAGAUGGGACAACUGUUAAAUAAGCCGCUGUCGCUGUGAAAGUGGACAUUACCACACACCUCCUGAUACCUUUGCAAGGUGCUCUUGCGAUGUGCUCUGAAUAAUCUAACGACUGGGUGUCCAAAACAGAGCGACGCACGAAGUCCCUCUCGUCUCCGUCGAGCUCGUUCUCUCUCGCACACACACACACACACAGCAGCUGAAAUGCUCCACGGCUGAUGCGUAUUCGCCUCGUCCAUACCUGUGGCAAUCUGGACACGGGAGAACAAAACAAAAAAAAAGGGCUGGAAGCCUUUUAGUGGUGCUUGAGGAAGAGAGAUCCAUCAGAUCCUGAAUGCCAACUGUUUCGUUUCGGCACCGCUGGCCAGGACAGCUUUCUUCAAUCAGGAGGAAGGAAGUCAGCCACGAGAUCAGCAGCUGCGCCGGCUGGACAGCUCCAGCUCGUCUCGCACUCAAGUCGGGGCAGGAGCACCAAGACGCGUCUGGGAAACGUCGCCUCCAAUUGUGACAGCGAUUUCUGUGUCUGCCAUUCCGAUGGGAGCUGCGUAUUUGUCCUUAUAAGCUGUCCCAAUGGCAUCGCAGGGCUUUUGGCCGUUUGGAGCCGAAGAUGGGGGGGAUAAUAUUAACCAAAGCCCCAGUGCACCAAGAGCAUGGUGUCAGGCUGCUCAGAAAUUCACAGGAGGACUGGGAUCCAAACUUUGUGCUCUCCUUUCUGUCGGCGAAGGCGAAAAAACGGGCAGUCCGGCAAGAAAACAACAAGAGGCAGGCGUAGAGAGCUGUGGGUGCAACAAGCCGUGCGGCUGCUACAAGUCCAACAUCGACUUCUCGGUGCUCUACUCAACAGAUCUGUUACCUGCAAGUGAAGGUGAAGUAGCGACCCUCUCCUUCCUUCAAGAGGUUGUGGACAUUUUGCUUCCUUACAUUGUGAAAACAUUUGAUAGAUCGACGAAGGUCAUCGAUUUUCGCUAUCCAAAUGAGCUACUACAGGAGAACAACUGGGAGCUUUCUGAUAAUCCGGAAACACUUGAAGAUAUUUUAUUAAACUGCAGGACAUCACUGAAAUAUGCCAUAAAAACAGGCCAUCCUAGAUAUUUCAAUCAGCUCUCAACAGGAUUAGAUAUGGUUGGCUUAGCAGCGGACUGGCUGACAUCUACUGCUAAUACUAACAUGUUCACUUAUGAAAUUGCGCCAGUUUUUGUCCUGCUGGAACAUGUCACUCUGAAAAAAAUGAGAGAAAUCAUUGGCUGGCCUGAUGGAAAAGGGGAUGGAAUUUUCUCACCAGGUGGUUCCAUAUCUAAUAUGUAUGCCAUGCUGGUUGCCCGAUACAAGAUGUUUCCCGAAGUGAAGGAGAAGGGAAUGUCAGCAGUGCCGAGGCUGAUUGCGUUCACUUCCGAACAUAGUCACUUUUCCAUUAAGAAGGGGGCUGCAGCACUGGGAAUCGGUACCGACAGUGUUGUUUUAGUCAAGGUUGAUGAGAGAGGUAAAAUGAUCCCAUCUGAUCUGGAACGAAGAAUCAUUGAAGCCAAACAAAAGGGUUAUGUGCCAUUUUUUGUGAGUGCUACAGCUGGCACCACCGUGUAUGGCGCAUUUGAUCCCCUCAUAGCCAUCGCAGAUGUGUGCAGGAAGUACAAGAUUUGGAUGCACGUUGACGGAGCCUGGGGUGGAAGCCUCGUCAUGUCCAGGAAGCACAGAUGGAAGUUAAAUGGGAUUGACAGGGCCAACUCUGUCACUUGGAACCCACACAAGAUGAUGUCUGUCCCACUGCAGUGCUCUGCUCUACUGAUCAGAGAAGAGGGAUUGAUGCAAAAAUGCAACCAGAUGCAUGCCUGCUACCUCUUCCAGCAAGAUAAGCACUAUGACCUCUCAUAUGAUACGGGAGACAAAGCUCUUCAGUGUGGUCGCCAUGUUGACAUUUUUAAACUGUGGCUGAUGUGGAGAGCAAAGGGUACCAUAGGAUUUGAAGCUCAAAUUGACAAAUGCUUAGAACUUUCGGAAUACCUGUACAAUAAAAUCAAGAACCGAGAAGGCUAUGAGAUGAUAUUUGACGGCAAACCUCAGCAUACCAACGUGUGUUUCUGGUAUAUCCCACCGAGUCUCCGGUAUGUGGAAGAUAAAGAUGAGAGAAUGAAACGAUUGCAUAAGGUAGCUCCAGUGAUCAAGGCAAGAAUGAUGGAGUAUGGGACCACGAUGGUAAGUUACCAGCCGCAGGGGGACAAGGUGAAUUUUUUCCGCAUGGUCAUCUCAAACCCCGCAGCAAGCUUUGAAGACAUUGAUUUUCUCAUUGAAGAAAUAGAACGGCUUGGACAAGAUUUAUAACUCUGCGUAUUCCAAAUUGUUUGGUAGCCAAAUGAGAUGCUUGUGCUGAAUGUAACUGUAUUUCUUUCCUCGAUUUAUUCCUUCAGAAUUAUCUAUUUCUGUAAUGUGGUGUAGACGUAAACAAGAAAACGUGAACAACAUUUGAUCUGUUUAAAUGUUUUAUACGUAAUCCAGAAACCUGCAUAAUAUCCAGUGAAACAAUGACCAAGUCGACAUCAUUUCAUUUGAGGAGGCUUAUUUGCUCAGAGCAUGGUAAAUGCGGCUGAACGUGGAAAAUGUUGAAGGUAGGCAAGCUCCUCCUGAAAUUCCAAUCAAAUGCUUACGUACUCCUCGAGCGUUUUUGAAUUAUGAAGUAUGACAAUCCCUGCUGAGAAUGCUGGAUAAUCUUAAAAAGCACCAGAAUGCAAGCAAACCGAGGCUGACGUUUUUACUUCCUGAUUUUGGAACGUCACAGAAGAGAAACGCUAAACUGCAAUUGAGCAGCCAUCUUGUUGUAAUUACCCCAAUCUCUUGGUAUUUGUUGCCGUUAUUUGCUCCAAUUAUGUGACUCCACAAAGUGCAGAUAAACUUACUUACAUGUCCAGGAAGUCAUCAGAAGUAUGAAGCACAAGCCAUUUUUAUUGUUGAUUUCAUGCACAAAACAUGGACAAUUGCAGGCCGUAUUACCAGAAUCUAAUUUAACCAAGGGGUGGAGUGUAUAUGCAUCUCAUAAAUAGCCCAACUGCAUAGAAUUCUGAAUUGAAUUUGAAAUCUUUCAACGGUCCAGUUAAUUCACAAAUACUAAUUUUAUUCAGCACAUUUUCAAGCUCACAACCCAAUUCAGUUGUUGAGGGGAGCCCGGUAUACAACUCUGGACAAAGGACUCCAGUGACAUAGAUUUGAAUUAAUGGAUUGAGUAAAAUGGUUUCCGCUCUCAGCAUCUCCUUCUCUGUCAAAUUGGGUUCAGACUUUACUAUGCACACCCAUGUCAGGUUAUUGCAGCCUUCACUGUGGUUGCUCCAUUUCAGGUUGUGGUCCCACUGAAGUCAAACAUUUUUUUAUGGCCCACCAUAUCCUCAUCAAUUAGUGCAUAUGCAAUUGGCUGGUUUUACAGCUUAUUAUUAUAAUAAGCUGUUAAGUUUUAUUUGGAAUGUGUCUUUCACCCACUUAUAUAUUAUAUACUAAAUAUAUAUUAAAUAUAGUAUUUACUUUACUUUAAAUACUUGGGUGUUAUUCUGGUUCUAAUAUGCCCUUUGCAGUCUUAAGUCUCCUUUAGGGGGUAAUGGCUUUCUCUUGACUGUGUUGAACCACUAGGCAACUACAGUCGUUGUUUUUGGCUCCAAGGGGAUGCUGGUCUUUAAUUCAUCCAUAGUUCCCUCAUACAUUUUUUCAUGUAUCCGCUCUCAUCAGGCUGCAGUAGCACUCCAUCACAUUGUUCCCCUGAGACCUCAGGCCCCGUUAUUCUCUCUUUACCGUCUUUUUCCUUUCAUUAAUUUUGUGCCAGACUUUCUGUUCUCCAAUGAACCCCUACUUCCAACGGGCCAGUCAGAAAUGCUAACCAACAUACACUAAUGGUCAAAAAUUCUACAACACUUCAGUUCUUCUUCACUUCUGAAGGUUCCUCUCAAAUUUCACGGCCAUUCCCUGACAUUAUGCUUCCCCCUUCACAUCACCAGCAGAUUUUCUUUUCUCCUACCACUACUGUUGUGUCAGAACAUUUACUGUGAACCAGCAAUGGUCACAAACGUGUGCUAGAAUCUACUUAUGGCAAGCAGCAGUGAGAAUAUUAUGAGGUCCUGACAAUUUCUUGACGCGUAAGAAUUGCGGAAUCAACAAAUAGCACUUUGUAACGCUUUUUCAUGAUGUAACAUUUAUUAUAUGAGUCCAUGUGUAUUUUGGUAAAAUGUAACCGCGUAAAUGAAAAUGUAGUCACUGUGUCAAAAUUAAGAUGUUUAUAAUGUUUAGGGUUUAGAAAUUAAAAGUAAGAUGACUUAUUUAGAUUUCUUGACAGUAUAACUGUUUUUGGAGUAAAUAUGGCAAAGACUUGAGAAAUGAGCCUUGAGCCCACAGCGGACGCCGGAGAGACCACGGUGGACUCGUUUUGUGCUUUUGGACAAAUUUGUACAUCGCAUCUGUGUGCAUUACAGGUAAUAACUGCAGCAAUUUACGUAAUGCAUUUUUAGCACUGUUCUAAUAGUGAGUUUUGGUGACCAGAUACUUGAAAUGUUAAAUUCUAUGGUUUACUUAUUUAUUUUAUUUUAUAUUGUAAAUUCUGUCAUGAUUUAUAGAAAUAAAUAUUUAUCCAUUUUAGUAUUCAUUAAAUACUGCCAAACAAAAUAUAACGUAUAUCCUUAGAGAUGUAAUGCAAGUUGCAAAUUUAUUAUGCAAAAUAAUUUAAAUAUUAAGGCUUGUGCUCUUUAAUCAUUGAGAUGUGCAAAUAUGGCAAAGCUGAAUCUUAUAUACGCUAAACAUACUGUGUGUGUGUGUGUGCGUGUGUGUGUGCGUGUGUGUGUGUGUGUGUGUGUUGUGGUCAUCCAAGGUAAUGACGGGUUGAAAAAUGUCAGGGCGCCAACGCAGCCUUGUCCCGUUUCAAUAUAAACUGGAAAUGAAUCUGAAAGGUUGCCGGUUCAAAUCCUGUUAACUACCAGCAUGGAUUCUACUCCAUUAGGCCCUUGAGCAAAGCCCUUAACCUCACAUUUGCUUCAGGGGUGCUGUACAAUGGCUGACCCUGCACUCUAACUGACCAAAUGAUCAUGCAAAAAGACAAUUUCCCCUCGGGGGGAUUAAUAAAGUGUAUCAAAUUAAAAUCAACCAGCACUCAAUAGCACAAAUACAGACAAAAACAGUUCACCCUCUGCAGUUCCAAGAAAUAAACUGUUGCAUUUCAAAGCUUCUUUAUGAGAUGUGUGUAUUCUGGGCUUGGUGGAACUCCAUCUCUUCUGCCUCCAAGGGAGGGUGAGCUUUUAUGGUCCUGGGACCAGAAGGGGUGGAGUCAGUUACCCUUACUGGACAGUUACUUGGCAAUGUGGAGGCAAAGGAAGAUGACACAUUUAGUAGAGUCCCCCCUCAUGGCCUACAGUGGUAUUAGAUACCUGGGAGAAACCCAGAUGUUAACUCUCUGAUGUGUAUGUAUGACAG